UCAUCCAUUCAGUUCAUCAAUCCUCAACUCACCUCAAGGUCAUCGCCCUCCUGCGCCCCUUUCUCUAUUAGGCGCUUGCAUGGUGAUCGGCUGCAUGAUUUAUCCUGACGGCUGGGACUCAGAGGAGGUGAAGCGGAUGUGCGGCCAACGGACCGACAAAUACACCCUGGGCAACUGCACGGUGCGCUGGGCUUACAUCUUGGCCAUCAUCAGCAUCAUGGACUCGCUCAUCCUUGCCUUCCUGGCCUUUAGCCUGGGCAGCAGACAGGACAACCUGCUGCCCGAGGACUUCCAGGUGGAGGAGAAAGAUAACGCGUGAGCUGACAGUACUAGAGAUCACCAAAGCAAGACUU